AUGAACAACGAGGAGCGCCUGGUUGUUGGCGUGGACAUAGGGACCACAAAAACGGUGGUGACCUAUUACUACCCCACCAAGGAAAAAGUCCUUGAGUGGCGCCCCGGGGGCAACGAGUCCGCCAUCAUCCCAACGCUGUUGGCUUAUCGCCCCGGAGGUGAACGUACUUGGGGCCAUGGUGUAGAUCAGAGCGACACACACCUAAUUAUGAUGAAGCUGAGAAUUGUCGGGUCCCCCAAUAUAGACUCGGUAGACCAGAGAGUUAUCUCUGACAAGGGCAACUUGCCCGGAGACAACAGGAACGAAGUACCGACGCAAAGGUCCAUAGCCGACUUCCUCAGAUGCCUCCGCAUCGCAUUUCGUGAUGAUCGCAUAGUCUCGGAAUCCAUCGAAGUCAGGCGACUACCCCAAAUUGACUGGCAUUUUGCGAUGCCCAACACAUGGAAGGAGGAGGGAGAAAUUGUGAUGCGUGCUGCCAUCGAGGAGGCUGGCUUCCAGCACGGGAAUGACAACGCUCGCAUAUUCUACAUGUCAGAGGCGAAAGCCGCGGCAAUCGGAGCGGCGGAUCAACUCCGCGAAGGGGACAUGCAGGUGGGAGACUCCGUGCUUGUCUGCGAUCUAGGGGGGAUUACUAGCGACUUCACCAAAUUCGAAGUGCUCGCGAUGGAUGCUGACGAGCCGCGGAAUGUGAAUUUCCACCCAGUCAAAGAGGAGAGCACAGCUGAGAAUGCCAGUCAUAUGGUUGAGACGAACUUGAUGGCACACAUCUGUGCUCAAUUGGAGUUGCGCCAGGGACCGGCUAUCAACCGCAAGAUUCGACACGGCGCCGUUUUGGCCAAGCAUCAAUUCACCGGCGAUAAUGAUCUGCCGAUUUUUAUCCCGGGUCUUACGAGAACCAGGAACCCAAACGCGCGGAAUGAUUGUUACAAUCCGGUGACCGGUUUCUUCAAGUUCACUAAAGAUUCGCUCUUGGACGCCUUCAAGCUUGUCGUGGGGUCCAUCAUUGAGAGGCUCACGAACCACAUCAAUGAUGGAGUCAACAGGAUUGUGAUUGUGGGUGGGUUCAGCAAGUCUCCUUAUCUGAGAAAACGAGUCAAGGAGGUUUUGGAGGAAUUCAAUGAAGACAAACGGCCAAAAGUUCACUAUCUACCUGGUAAUGAAGCCAUAAUCGCCGUGUCGUAUGGAUUAACUUUGAAGGGAAUAACAAUUUCAAACCCCGUGCAGUACCACGGCCCCUGGGGAUACAAAAUCAGCUGCCCGGUCAUCGAGGUGUUGGCAGCGACGGGGCUCACCUUUUCAAGGCGUUAUGAUUUCCCUAUUUUCAAUCCAAACGAGCAGAACCUCCAGGAAGGGAAGACGCCGUUCAGACUGAGUGUGGAACGAGGGCAACGUGUAGGAGAUGUUUAUGUCCAUCGCUUUAAAGAAACGUCAGACGACGCUGAAUUUGUGGCCCAAAUUGACCUCACGAUCCCCGACGAUGCCCCCCGCGCCGAAUACCACGAAAGAGGAGUCGUAGUCUACUUCUACAACCUCUACUUGUUAUGGCAUUUUAUCGAAGGAGUUGGCCUCAAAAUGAAAUUGCAGGUGGCGGUUCGAAGCAAUGAUAGGGAGGAGACAGUGGGGGUGGUGGUGGGCUCCAGCAGCCAUACCGUGGCUGAAAUGGUUCCAUGGCGAAGAAAGGACUGA